UAUAAUAGUUACGGAUGUGAUUCAGACGAAUCGAACAACGAAACUAUACUUAGGCAACUUUUUAUUCUAGAUGGGCGACCUUGCGAAUUUAAGGUGCAGUUGAAUUCACGUACUGUCGUGUACCAUGUUGAGAGGAAAGAAGCCGUCUUGUUUAAUCAGUAUUUCGCAGAAGGAUCUCAUCUGCUCGUUCGCUGCGUAAACGUUGGAACCGAUCGUCUGAAAGGUAAUUCGGAGCUGGUUUGUCGCGAUGGCGCUUGGUCUCACUCGACACCGUAUUGCAUUCCACUUGAUCCACUCAACAGAAAUAAGGAUUCACCACCAAUACUGAUCGAUGUGCUGAAUGGUGCCCACACUUUCUCACCUAUCGGUGAGCUCAUUGUAGCUCGCAGCGCCACUGUAAUAUUUUCGUGUUUGUCGCCAAAAAAGACCGCAAAAUCUAAAUGGGAGUUCUCCUCAACCUACAGAAGCUAUCCACAAAUAUGGACAAGAAUCGAGGCUCUGGGUGCAGAGAAGGCAGACGCUAAUCAGGUGAGCGUCACACAUUGA